CUAAACAGUAGCCUAUACAGUAUACAAGUGUCAUAUUGUGUUAUGCAAAUAUAACAAAUGUGUAGUAUCUAUAUAAUCAAUACAAUUCACUUCAAAAUAUUAACCAAACAUUGAAAUAACAAUAAAAGAGACAUAUUUCUCUUCAAAGCAGCUUCCUGAAAUUUGGACACUUUGGAUGUGACAGUAUAUAUAAAAUGUGAAAUAAAUCUGAGACCUAAAAAAAGAAAUGCUUGUUAAAAGUGAUCAGAUAAUGGAACUAAAGCUUUUAGUUUAACAAGACAAGAUAUCAAGAGGAUCGAAUAUAAUCGAUAAAAUUUACUCUAAAAAGUGAGGUCCAUGUAACUGACUCAACAGAACGCAAUAAGAGAAAUCAAUUUGACUUGAACUUUACAAUAUAAUAGUUGUGAAUAACACAUUCUAUCAAUAGAGGAAAUCACCGGUAACAUUCCACUGAUGUAAUGAGGACUGUCAAUCUUACCUAUUGUCAAAUCUUUAAAGAGGUUCAAGGGUCAAGAUGUCAAUCAGGCCAAGACGUGUAAAUUUACAUAUAAGCUGUAUGAUAAUGAUCUGACAAAGGCUUUUUGAUAUUCAAUUAUGGCUUGUUAAAUUUACUGGCCAGACGGCCCAUUUCUAUUUGAAUGGGCUGGCCAAGAGAAUGAAUGGAUGUCAGCUAGGCUAUAGAACUCAGUGAAAUUGAAUGUAAAGAAAAGUGUUUAGUGUCAGACUUUGAUAAGAAUUUGACAAAAUGCCAAUCAAGCUAGAUUGCGAGUGUGGUCCAAAGUGUAGAUCACAUCAGCAUGCACUUUAUAUCAAUUCCGCUAUCAUAAAAGGUGGAAUUAAAGAGUUUAAGGCAUAUUCAAGUUUAUGUACUAAUGCUACAAAUGUGAAUGAUAAAUUUGGACGAAAUGUUUUACAUAUGGCCGCAUCCUGUGGACGAAUUGAUAUUGUAGAAUAUCUGCUAGAAGAAAAACAUUAUAACUUAAAAGCUAAAGAUUAUGAAUCUGGAUGGACAGCACUACACCGUUCUUUGUUUUAUGGUCAAAUUGCGGCUGCAAGACUUUUAAUACAGUAUAAACAUGAUUUGAGAGGAAGAGAUCAUGAAGGAUUAAGUCCCCUGGAUAUUGUCAUGAAAGAUCGACCUAACUAUAUAUCAUUCUCACCUAGAGAACCAAAUGAAGUAUAUACUUGGGGAGAUAAUUCUAAUUACAACUUGGGACACUCUAGUGCAGAAGAUAAAAGAAUGAUACCAGAACGAGUUGGCAUGUUUAAAAGAGUUUCAGGAUAUGUUAUACAGGUAGUAAUGUGUAAGUUUCAUACAGUAUUUUUAACACAGAUAGGUCAAGUUUAUAGUUGUGGACAUGGUCAUGGUGGUCGACUAGGACAUGGAGAUCAACAAACAUCUGUGGUACCUAGAUUGGUGGAUACACUGAAAAGAGAAACAUGUUUGCAAGUAGCAGCAGCUAGAGAUCAUACUCUGUUCUUUAUGGAAAAGGGAACUGUAUAUGGUUGUGGUUCUAAUGAAAGUCAUCAGUUGGCUUUACCUGUUCCAGCACCUGACAGAACUUUUGUUCCUAAAUUGAUGAAUCCCGAUGCGUUUAAGGGCUAUCAUAUUAUAGGUGUAUGUGCAGGACGAUAUCAUUCUGUUGUUUAUUGCUCAGAUGCUGUUUUUACCUUUGGCUUAAAUGCUGGACAAUUAGGUCAUGCCAGAGGUGACAAGUAUCAGAUACAACCUAGAAUGAUCUCUGGGUUAAAUGAUCCAGAAAUAAGAAUAAGUUUGGUAGAAUGUUCUGAUUCAGCUACUGUCUGUCUGACUACACUAGGAAAUGUGUAUAUAUGUAACAGAUAUAUAUGUAGGAAAAUAGGAUCAAGAUGGUUGGAUAUUACAAAAAUGUCCGUUUCUGGUGGCUCAGUAGAUCAUUUAGUUAUAACAGAUCAAGAUUUAUUAAAACAGAAGGGAGGAGCAGAAUUAAUGGUUGUCUUACUUAGUAAACAAGGACGGGUAUUAUUAUGGAGAGAGAAAAGUCAUCGAUUUAAGAGAUGUAAUUGGGCUAUAAGAAGAGAAGUUAAUAUAAAAGAUGUUGCUAUAAAUAGAAAUAAUAUAGCUCUAGUCACAGAUAAAGGAGAAGGCUUUAUUGGUAAUUGGUUACCAAGUAAAGAAACAUCUAAGAAAAAAUCACAAUCGACAUUACCAAAGUCAAGAGAAGUCACCGGUAGCCAUGAGUUUCCACAAGUACGUUUAUUGGAUCUGUUGUUAAAAGAUGAGGUGGAGGAUGUUCAGUUAGAGAGGAUACCAAAUAUACAUAGAGCUACCAAUAUAUUCUCAGAUCCUAAAGGCAGAAACUUUGCAGCAUUACAAGUCUUGCCAAAUGGAUGUUUAACAGAGAUACCAUAUGUUAGAGAAGCUAGUAUAAGAGAAGAUAUGAAUAGACUAUUACAAGAAGUAGAUGAUACAGAUGUUAUACAUGAUAUUAUUAUACAGAGUGGUAAUCGCAAGUGGGCAGCUCAUAAAUUCAUAUUGGCAUCAAGAAGUACUAAAUUACAUAAGAUGAUAAUGAAUGAUCUAUCAUCAACUAACGAAGAUAAACCAGUGAUAAAUCUAAAAGAUAUUAAUCCACUGUUAAUAGAUGAAAUAUUGAAAUAUAUCUAUACAGAUAUGUGUACUGCUUUAACCAUUGAUGCUAAAUUUCAACUACAAGAAAACUGUGAUAAUAAAGAUGAGGACAUUAAUCCUAAGAUAGAAUACAUGACUAAAACACAGAGGAAGAAAUAUUAUAAACGUUUAGAUAGAGAAAACAGUAAAAAACAAGAAGAAGAUGAGCCAAAGACAGCUUUAUGUUUAUUGAGAGAAGUGGCGGAAGAUUUAGGCAUCGAUACAUUAGUUGACAGACUUGACAGUGUAAAGUGUGUAAAUGGUAUUAUUUGUUCUAACGGCAGACAAUUGGUAAAGCCAAACUUAAAAUUCAAUAGGACGAACAUUCCUGAACUAUAUGAUGUUUGUAUACGAGCUGAUGAUAAUGUCAGUAUAAAGUGUCAUAAAUGUAUUUUGGUUGCUAGAUUAGAAUAUUUUCAUAGUAUGUUGGCUACUGGCUGGAUUGAGACGUCUGAUGCUAGUGGUUUAUCAUUACCUAUACCUGGUAAAGUAUUACAAGUACUUAUAGAUUAUAUAUACACAGAUGAUGCUGCUUUUAUGGCAGAUUGUUUAAAUGUAGAGUUAUUGUGUAAUAUUCUAGUAUUAGCUGAUAAACUAUUAAUAGAAAGAUUGAAAGAAUUAAGUGAAGUGGCUAUAGUUAAUUCAUUAAAUUUCUGGAAUGUAGCUGAUUUAUUAAAGUUUUCUCUCAUCUACAAUGCACAUCAACUAUAUUUAUCUUGCCAACAAUUUAUAUGUUUAAAUCUACCUGUAUUUCUCGAGUCAAAAUUAUUAAACAGUUUAGAUGAUGAUAUUAUUGAUAAACUAACAACAUACUAUAGGCAACUGAUACCUAGUAUGAGUAAAAGAAUGAUUACACCAUACAGCGAGGGACCAACAAGAGAAUAUCUAUCAUAUUUAGCCAAUAAUUAUUGUGAAGAUCAAAAAGCUGUAUUGUGUGAUGUAGUGCCAAGAAAGAGUAAAGAGAGAAAUCGUAGUAAAAGUGAGAGUGAUCCGCCAGUAAAGAAGGCUGUUAAUAAAAAACGUAAAGAAAGACAGUUAUCUGUGUGUUCUGAUAUGAGUAAUAAAUCUGAAGAUGGUGAUAAUAUGAUGCCAGAUAUUGUUGAAGAUACAAAUAAUUCAGCUACUGCUUCAGAAAGUUUACCUAUAUGUAUACCUACUACAAUAGAUGUUGAUGUAUACGCCAGUCCAUCUGAUACAGAACCUACAUCACCUAGAGAUUUAUUUAGUCCACAAACUCAUCCAAACAGUGGUAUGAGUUUACGUGAUAUUAUGAAAGCAGAAGAAAAAAGUAACAAGCCAAACAAGAAGAAUGCAAGUGCUACUCCAGGGAAGAGCAAAAUAUCCUGGAAGGAGGCUAAAAAACUGCAGAACCAGAAAGAAGCUGAAGAGAAAAAACAGAAAGCUGCAGAAAAAAAAGCAAAAGAAAAACCUAAAGAAGUUAUUUGUCCAUGGGCAAGUUCUAGCAGUAAAGUUGUGAAAUCUUUCCGUGAUUUGAUGGUAGCGGAUGAGAGUGAAAAACCAGUUGUUAAAAGACUGCCGAGAACCAGUAUAAGUGAGAUGGAUAUCUCCAAUGAGGAAUGUACAGACACACUGUCUCUUAGCAAAUCCCCACAAGACUUGAGUCUUUCUAGUUGGAUGAGUUUUCCUGUAAGACCAAAACCUAAAACCGAGAGUCCACCUGAAGAAAAACCUCCAGUAAAUCCAUGGCAGACAUUGCCUAAACUUCAAAGCCCACCAUUCACAGAUCACAGUUUUACCGAUAUACUUAAAGAUGAAAGACAUAAAAAAGUUGUGUUUGAAAAAAUUAAGAAGAAACCCUUCAAACUUGUACAGAUUGAGGACAGUGCGAUACAAGAACUACUACAACAUUAUAAAGCAUAUGAUAAUUAUGAUGAGUUUAUAACAGUAGAACGUGUACAACGUGAAACAGCUACUCCAAUGUGGAUUAAAGAAAAGAAAAAAUCUGGAGCCAGUAUAUGGUGAUCAUAAAGAACAGGGAUACAUACUUACCAUGUAUCUAUAUUACAGCAAUUUAUUUUAUACAUUCAAAUCUACAUUGAAUUUGUAUCAAAAAACUAUGUUAUUCUUUGCUAAAUUAAGGGGGGAAAAAUAUGAAAAAGAAAAUUGAGACCCCCCCAUCUAUUAUAUUACUUUUGGUAGUAGACUUACAAGUUAAUGAUUGUUGUAUAACUAAUAUAAAUGUCAAGGUAAAUGGUGCUAUAUUUGUUAUGUUUUCUUGUUUUUUUUAUUACAUGGGGUCUGGUCACGGGUCAUCACACACAAUGCAAAUAUUCCAUAUAAAACAUCUUAAUUAAUCCUUAUAUGACUUGGUUUUUACUGAGUGAUCGUGAUAACUUAUAUUUCAUUUUGUUCUCCCUUUGUUGAAAUUAUUUCUAUUACACAGUAUAUAUUUAUUUACAUAUUAUUAUCUACCUGUAUGGUAUGUAUUCAGUCUAAAACUACAACACAAUAAACACACAUUAUUUUAUGAUGUUCUCUAACAUAUCUUUUAUGUACAUUGUGAUUAUUGUAUAUAGUCUUUUUCAAUGUCUUCAGGAAUAUAUAUACCAUCUAUAUAUAUUUCAUAAUUGUAACAUAUUCUUCAGAGGAUUGUUUCUCAAAAAGCAAAUUUAUUGAAUUUAGUGCUUAUUCUAUUAAGACAUACAGUAGUUAUCAGUGGUUUGACCACAGAAAGAAUGGCCAUGGCAUGUUAGAAUUUUAAUUAACAGGCAUCAUGAUUUGUGUAAAUUUAUGUUCAGUAUAUUUUAAUUUUAUUUGAAUAAUGAUCAUGUAUAAAGGUAAAUGUAUAUUAUUUUGAGAAUAUCUAAAUGUAAAUAUUAUAUGUUAAUACAUUUAUUUUGUCUACUUCAUUGAAUUUAAGCUGAUUAAUUGUAUUAUUUAUAAUAUAGUAUGGUUUUAUGUGUGGUUUAAUGGUUGAUACUGUACAAGGAUGUUAGUCCGAGUGUUGUUUCAAUAUAUUGUGCAAUGUCUUGCUCUAGACCAUUAAACAACUUAAAAUACAGACACUAUCCUGCGCUUGUAUUUCUAUGAAAUUAUCAAGCAAAUCCAAUAUUUCAAUAUUGUACGCAUCUGUAUUUUAAAUGUAUAUAAAUCUAAAUGUCCUAUGAAAGAAUUAGUUAUUUUCCCAAAAAGAAAAUAAAAAUUUGCUGGGAUUGUAAUAAUUGUUAAUGACAUAAUAUAAAUAAAUUUAUUUUGUUAUA